AUGGACCGGCAAGAAGUCGAAAAGAGAUUAAAAAGAUCAGGUGGAGAAACAAGAAGGGAGGAAGAGAACUUGGUUCAUGAUUCAUCUAUAGACUACAAAGGUAGAGUUCCUCUACGUGCUUCAACCGGCGUUUGGAAAGCUUCUCUCUUUAUCAUCACUAUUGAAUUCAGUGAGAGGCUAAGUUACUUUGGAAUAGCAACAAAUCUCAUCACAUACCUCACCCAAGUGCUUCAUCAAGACAUCAAGACCGCAGCGAAAAAUGUGAACUAUUGGGCAGGAGUGACGACAAUCAUGCCUUUAAUCGGAGGGUUCUUAGCAGAUGCCUACACGGGCCGAUUCAACAUGGUUAUGUUUGCAUCCCUCGUAUAUCUAAUGGGUCUGAGUCUGUUGACAAUGUCACAAUUCAUCCCGAGUCUAAAGCCCUGCAAAACGGAGAUAUGUCGACAGCCUAGAAAGCUUCAUGAAGUGUUGCUCUUUGUUGCCUUGUACUUCAUCUCUGUUGGAACCGGAGGUCACAAGCCCUGUCUUCAAAGCUUUGGAGCUGAUCAAUUCGACGAUGAUCACUUGGAAGAAAGAAAGAAGAAAAUGUCUUUCUUCAACUGGUGGAACUUUGCACUUUGUUGUGGGCUGUUUCUUGGUGUAACUGUGAUUGUUUAUGUUCAGGACUCAGUGAGCUGGGGGGUAGCAGACCUUGUUCUCACAAUCACCCUGGCUAUUACAAUAGUGACGUUUUACAUGGGGAAAUAUUGUUACCGUUAUAGAGUAGCACAUGGAAGCCCUUUGAUACCCAUGUUACAGGUCUUGGUUGCAGCCAUUAGAAAAAGAAAUUUGCCCAAUCCUCAAAACCCUGAUCUGCUCUUUGAAGUUCCCAAGUCAGAGAAGUACUCCCAUGGAAGGCUUCUACUUCACACAAAUAGGCUCAGGUUUCUAGACAAGGCUGCGAUAAUCGAUCGCGAAGAGAAUGAGAACUACCAAUCUUGUGAGCAAAAACACAACCCUUGGAGAUUGGCUACAUUGACAAGAGUGGAGGAAUUGAAACUCAUCUUGAACAUGAUCCCCAUUUGGCUCACCUUAUUACCAAAUACAGUGUGUUUGGCACAAGCAUCGACCUUUUUCGUUAAACAAGCUGCUACAAUGAACCGCAACAUCACUAACGACUUCAAGAUCCCACCGGCCUCCAUUUUCUCUCUUGGAGCCAUUGCAAUGCUAGUCUCAGUCAUGGUCUACGACAAAGUUCUUGUCCCAAUGCUGCGUAAAGCCACCGGCAACGAAAGGGGUAUGAACAUCCUCCAUAGGAUCGGAGUCGGGAUGAUACUUGUGGUGAUAGCAAUGGCCGUUACGGCACUAGUUGAACGAAAAAGGCUACAAUAUGCUGAUCCACAAGCUAUGAGUGUGUUCUGGUUAGCUCCUCAGUACAUAAUUCUUGGUAUAGGGGAUGCAUUUGCUCUGGUUGGUUUGCAAGAGUAUUUUUAUGACCAAGUUCCGGACUCAAUGAGAAGCUUAGGGGUUGCUUUGUACUUGAGUGUGAUUGGGGUUGGGAGCUUCUUGAGCAGCUUUCUAAUUAGUGUUUUGGAUCAUGUUACAGCGAAGUAUGGGAGAAGUUGGUUUGGGAAGGACUUGAGUGGAAGCCGCUUGGACAAUUUCUUCUGGCUAUUGGCAGCCCUGAAUGGGUUGAAUUUAUGUGUGUAUGGGUACUUUGCUAGAGGUUAUACCUACAAAAAUGUGGACCGGAGAGUAGCUUUGGGUGAUCACUCUGUUAGGAAUGGAAAUGAUCAAUCCAUUGCUUAG